GUGUUUGACAGUAAACAUUACACUAUAUAAAUCAUGAACGUGAUAUAUUGUAUUGAUUCAAAGUUUUUAAUUAGUUUCAAAUAGCUAGUUUAGCGUAAGUAGAUAUCUGAUCGCAUAGCAAGAGAAAACGACGCGAAAACCACAUCAGUAAAUUAUCGUCUGCCAGAAAGCAAAUUAAGUUUCAAGUUUAAUAUUUUCAUAUCAAAUAAUAGUGUUUUGACAUCAACUAAGUCGCUGAGGAUUAUUCUGUAGUCAUUUUUCUGAUUGAAACAACACCAACUGUCCGGAAACGAUGACGACGGUGCCCGAGGCGGUUUGGUCGAUGGAUGUGGCCGUCGCAGAUAUGAUUGAUGCUGGUGCGUUUGGUCCGGGCUCCGAAAUUAUGUCGAUCGAACCGGAUAGUCGGUACACGGGGCAGGAUCAGUACGCGACCACGGUGUAUUUCUCCACGGUGACCAUUCGGGACCGCGGAGGUAACCAUCACAGCCAUCAUGUGGUGUUCAAAAUCAAAAAACGGAGUCCCGGGAUCGAAAACCUUAUCAGGGCUUACAGUCAGUUCCAUAACGAAAUUUUGUUCUACGAACGGAUAAUGCCGUUCUUUCGGACCUGUGCAUUGACACACCAUGUGCCGACACUCUCCCGUUACAUUUACGGCCGAAACAAUUACGACACGAAUUUCGCGUUUAAGGACAUGGUCGUCUUGGAAAACGCGUGUCUCCGAGGGUACGUACUGUCGGAACAACGGUUGCAUUUGAAUCUCGAGCACACGAUUGUGGCGCUGAAGACACUGGCAAAGUAAGCCGCCCUUACGUUUAUAAUUGACCAUUAUACGACUAUCCUAUCUGCUGUCGACAGUGUCGCUGAAAACACUGUUCAUAGUAGUAACAUUGUAGUUAGAUAAACGGCCACGUAGAACCCCGUAUUUAAAUGACCACGGAAAUAAUCUAGUUAACAGUGUGCGUACAACUGGUUACCGGGUUAGUAAUAGUCUACUAUCCGCACAAUCGUUGCACGAAUCAGCGCGUUAUUCUACAAAAACGGUUUAUUACCGUUAAAAAAUAAAUGAAAAUAAAUGAAAAAAAAAAAACCAUUCUACAAAUAUCUUAUUGUAAACAAUACAAACUAUACCGUUUUGUGUGUAUGCGCAAUGUGUAUGUUGCAGGUUUCACAGUUUAUCGUACAGGGCCAAGCACAAGGAUCCGGAAAGGUUCGCCAAGAUAAUAGCCGACGUUCAAGAAACUCAUUUGCGCAACGACGGAGAUUGGUUUAUGUGUGGCGGUGGACAUUCCGUCAGUAAACUGCUUUCAGCGGCCCUGAACAGGCUGGCACAACGUCGCGGUGUGGAUGACGACGAUAGUCGAACUUGCCAUUUCCGAGAGAAAUUCAUGAACGACAUGAACGGAACAUUGAACAGGGUGAUGAAACCCCACGAACCGUUGGCCAUCCUGUGCCACGGGGACUUCAACCGGAAUAACUUGCUGUUCCGGUAUGACGACGACGGUCGGCCCGUCGACGCGCUGCCGUUCGACUUGGCCACCGUGCGGUACGGGUCGCCGGCGCUCGACCUGUCGUUCUUCCUCUACAUGAACACGGACCGCCGUAUCCGGGACGAGCGCUGGGACGAACUGCUGGACACGUAUUGCGCGUCUCUGGCUGCGGCCGUAUCGGACGUAGCCGACGUCGUCCGGGUGCCGGACCGGUCGCAGCUGGACGCCGAGAUGCGCGAGUACGGCGUCUACGGGUUGGUUCACGUGUCGUUCUUCGUGCGGGUCAUGAUGGAAGAACACGCUGAUAUUUCGGAAUUUUCAGAAGCAGACAAAGACAAGACGGUACAAACGUUCCUGUCGUACGGUGGUGACAAGGCGACCGACGUGAUUGCCGACGCUUUACAACACUUUCUGGACACUUUCUGUAACCGUGUCGAAUGACUCUGCUUAUUGUAAUGCGUGUAGAAGAUAUUUAAAUUUACGUAGAGUUAUGCGAAUGUAAGAUCCAUCAGACAAAAGCAUUAUAUAUCGUCGCUUCCAUGGCGAAACCACCAUUUUUCGACAUUUUACAGAAGGAAGGAAUAACUGUAUUGGAGUUCUUACUCAUUGUUUAGAUAGGAUUUUUUAGUGACUUUUGGAAUACUCCAUUAUCACGAGCAAAAUAAAUGAUAAUUCGUUCCAAAGACCUUUUAAAUAUGUG